AUGUCUAAUCUUCAAAUAUUAAAAAAAUUUGUAAUGAUAUGGGUUAUAAUAUAAUAAAAUUUGAUCAAGAUUAUGAUAAAAUAAACAAUAGAAUAAAUGGUUAAGGAUUUUUAUAAAUAAGAAGAACAAGAAAUGAAAAUAAAUUUAGAAAUUUGUGAAAAAUUUAAGUAUAAAAAGGAAUAAAUUUAACAGAUUAAUCUAAGAUCUAAUAGAUAUUAUUUCAAAAAAAUAUAUAAUAAAAAAUAUAUGUUUAAAUUGAAACUUAACCAAAUUUAAAUUAAGAUGAAAAAUUGUUUAAUAAUUUUUUAAAGUUUUAAAAAAGAUAGAUAGGAUAAUUUAUUUGAGUAUUUCUUAUUAAAUAUAAUAUUUUUAAAAUAAAUCAUUUUCUAUAUCUGA